UCUGUAAGUACAAAGAGAGCACAAUAUGCAGUGCUUCGUGUCUCCAAGGUCUCGUUUCAAACAUAAAUCAAGAAAUUUCUGCUUUUUCCUUUGCCAUUUUUAGAUUUUCCCUUUUACCAAAUUUAAUCCUUCUUCGGUUCAUUAAUUACUAUUUCCAUCUGAAGUUUGCAUUUUUUUUUUUUAUUGCUCAAUACUCCUCCGUGCUUUCUUUCUGAAGAGAGCAACCAAAAUUGAAACCACCCCCCCCCCCCAACCCGGAUCUCUACCCAGUGAACCCAUGUUUUACAUUGGAAGAUUUUAAGCACAUGGCCUAGAGCUUAAUACAAUCGGUUUCUUGAGGUAGAGUUUCACUUUUUUCAUGGGUUGAAUUCAAGGAAUCAUGUGUAGCUUUAGCGACGAAGAAGAGGAAUCUCGAUUUUUUGAUGCCCUGGACCACAUUGCACCAGCAUUGGAGUUGGGUUCAGACUGUCCAAGCAUUAAAAAUUGGGAAUAUGAUGUGUGGAUUGGGAGUCCUCAAAGUGUUAGAGAGCGUCGCAGAAAAUUUGUUAGAUGGAUGGGAUUGAACCCAGAUAGGUUAGGGGACAAUUCAGUAAAUGUAUAUCAUGGUGAAGGUGGUGUAUUUACAGAAAAGAUUAAUAGACUUUGGGAGGGUACUGGGGCUGUAGACAAGGCCUCAAAUUUUGAAGAUGAAUUUUCGUCUAGCCGCUCUUCUAUGUCAAGUUGGAACACCGAUGGUUUGGUUUCGUCCAGAGUGGGUUCUAGUGAAAAUUUUGCUUAUGAAAUUAGGAAUUCGAACAGUGGAAUUGAAAGUAGUGCGGAUGAUUUGGGGGAGGUGGGCAGGCUGAGAAUACUUCAAGUUGGGAAAUCGGACCGAUUGCUGAUACAUGAGGAAUUUAAGAACAUUUCUCAAUUAUCUCCCUCAGCACAGCAACUUGUGCAGGGAGAAAUGGAGUUUAAAGGAAACAAUGCGAGGGUAAUGAAUAAAUUGAAGGGUCGAUGGUUGAGUAGAUUGCGAUCCUUCACAUGUAUGAUGAGUGGGAAUGAGAGAGGCUAUGAUCCACAAUCCCAUAGGUCCAACCAAGCUCAAGGGACCAGGGUCCACAGAGUCAAGGUUCGCCAUUGUCAGAGAAGGUUGAAGGAACUCUCAGCUCUUUAUACAGGACAAGAUAUUCAGGCGCAUGAUGGGGCAAUAUUGGCAAUGAAAUUCAGUCUUGAUGGACAGUACCUAGCAAGCGCCGGUGAAGAUAAGAUUGUGCGAGUCUGGCAAGUGGUGGAAGAUGAGAGAUCAGAUAAUACCGACAUUCCAGAUGCUGAUCCGUCAUGCAUAUACUUCUCUGUGAAUCAUCUAUCUGAAUUGGCAUCUCUGACUGUGGAGAAAGAUAAAACUAACAAAUCCACAAGUCUGAAAAAAACACCUGACUCAGCAUGUAUUAUACUCCCUCCAAAGGUUUUCCGAAUUUUGGAGAAGCCAUUGCAUGUGUUCCAAGGACAUAUGGGGAAGAUCUUGGAUAUUUCAUGGUCGAAGAAUAGUUGUCUUCUUUCGUCAUCAGUUGACAAAACUGUUCGUUUGUGGCGGGUUGGAAGUGAUCAGUGCCUCAAGGUCUUUUCACAUAGUGAUUAUGUGACCUGCGUUCAGUUUUACCCUACGAAUGAUGAUUACUUCAUCAGUGGAUCAAUAGACGGGAAGGUUCGCAUUUGGCAAAACAGUAGCUGUCAAGUUGUUGACUGGACUGAAAUAAAGGAUAUUGUAACUGCUGUUUCUUAUCGCCCUGAUGGACAGGGUUGUGUUAUUGGCUCUAUUUCAGGUUCCUGUUACUUUUUUAAUAUAUCAGAUAAUCACUUCAAAUUGGAAGAAGCUCAGAUGUGCUUAACCAGUAAAAAGAAGUCCCCCUGCAAAAGGAUAACUGGCUUUCAGUUUUCCCCACAAGAUCCAAGCAAAGUGUUGGUCACUUGUGCUGAUUCACAAGUAAGAAUUCUUAGCGGUGUGAAUGUGAUUGCAAAAUACAAGGGCCUUGGUAGCUGGGGGAACCAGAUCUAUGCAUCAUUCACAUCAGAUGGAAGACAUAUUGUCUCGGCUUCUGAGGAUUCUAAUGUUUAUAUGUGGAACUACAUUGGUGGGGAGAAGUAUCCUGCCUCGCACCCAAGAUCCAGUAGAUCCUUUGAGUGUUUCUCGACUGAUGCCUCCAUUGCAAUACCUUGGUCUGGCUUGAAAAUUGGUAAGUCAGAGAAUGGGCUCGCAUCAAGUGAACUGCAAGAACGUUCAACUGAUUUAUUGCCUUUCUCAUCCUCCAACCGUUUUUCUUUGGGACAAGAGUUUUUCUUAGACUCCAGCUCCAAGGGAUCUGCGACUUGGCCCGAGGAAAAGCUUCCCAUGUCUAGUCCCCAUUCUGUUACAUCAAAAUUGUGCAAGUCUCGAUACAAGCUUUUCCAGACUUCUUGCCAGAGUUCAUCCAUUUCUCAUGCCUGGGGUCUAGUGAUUGUUACUGCCGAGUGGGAUGGACGAAUUAGAUCAUUCCACAAUUAUGGACUACCAAUAACAGUUUAGGACGCAGGUUAAUAAUUGAUAAUUUCAAAGAUGGAAUCUUUUCGAUAUGCGCCUGUUAAGUCAUAUCCAUCAUUGGCUUGGGGCUUCAAAAUUUGGUGCAUGCUAGGCUGGCACAUGAAGUCGAUGGCCGGACCCAAUCCAUUCAUGUUGCUAUGUCUUCGGAUAUUCGAGGAUGCUGAUCCAUUCGGCCUGUUCAAAUUGCAAACUGGCUGCCAGUUAACAAACAUAUCAGGUUCGCCUUAUCCACAUUAUGAUUGGUCAGCUUAAUUCUAGGAUUAAACUUCUGGUCCGAGAAGGAGAUAGACCCUAUGAUGUGAUGUCAAUUGGAGAAGAAUAUCUGCAUGAUGGGAUGUGGCUAUGGGACCUUGUACAAACUCUACCAUUUGUUCAUUGCAGUGGGACUCAGUAGAGCAAGAGCCUGUGGUCGAUAUUCGCUUGGAGAAAAUAACGAAAACAAUGGGGAACGGUUCUUUUACGUAUAUUUGUUUACUCGUUUGAAUGAUUAGAGUUGUCGUCUGCCAUCUUUGUCCAGACGAGGUUUGUUGGCCAUAUUUCUGUGUGGUGGGCCAAUUCUGGUCGACUAGUUUUCAUGGUCUGGAUGUCAGACCGGCCGGGAACUAGAGAUGGGCUGAGUCGAGUAGCAAGAUAAAAACAUCAUAUGUUGCACUAACAUGGUUAGCGAUGACAAUUUUUGUUACAUUGUUAGGUUUAAGAGUUGAAUUCAUAGAACUCUUUACUUUUUGAGUAACAUAUAUAAGUUGAGCGUUUGUUGUGUACAGGAUUCACUUGUUUUGUUGUACAUGAUCGAAUGGCGCUGCAAUUAUUCAUGCUAAAGAAAAGAAUAAAUUGUGUGAGUAAUCCGACGAAUACCUUUAUAUUUA